AUGGAGAAACUAAGUCCGUUUCAGGAUAACAACCCUGAAAGAUUAUUUGAGCUAGCCAAAAAGCUCAACGAAAAGGGCAUUUUUGAAACAUUUUUAAAUGAGACUCAAUUCCGAAUAGUCAAUUAUAUCUUAUCCUUGAACGACAAUGUGAUAUGGAGCCAUUUUUUGGAGGGCAACUGUUGCCUUGAUUACAAGAGACUGGAUCCAGGCAAUAGCUCCGAGGAGGAGCAGCGGAAACAAGAUUCUGGCGACCACGAAGAACAUGAACAACAUGAACAACUGGCUUUAGUUGAGCAAGAACAUCCGGAACUCACAUUUGAAGAAGACAACAAGAUGUGCAAGAAAUUAUCACUACACAUACGAUAUCUCUUGUGGGAAAAAGCCAUUGAUUUCUACUACGACACGAAGGAAUUGGACCGCAACGGCAAUAUCAUUGACGAAGUUAGCGACGAUUACGAAUUGAUCGAUUCCAUGCAGUAUAAUGUGGAAGAACCAAAAAUUGCAGUGACAAAAAUUGAAAAGCCCACAAUAAGAGAAGUUGAAGAUGACUAUGAUGAUGAUGAGGAUGAUGAUGAGGAUGAUGAUGAAAAUAAUGAAAAUGAUGAAAAUGAAGAGAAUGCCAAGGAUGAUGAAAAUCAGGCCGGCGAGAAAGGGCAAAAAGACACCACGGAGAGCAGGAGCAAAGAUGGCUUGAAAUACAACAAACAACAACAACUAAUCUUGCAAAUACCCAUGUCUAUCUUUGCAACGACCGCGUUGCCUACAAAGGAAGAGCCCGUGAAUAACCAAGAACUGGCCGAAGAAGAGAAACACGACACUCAAGACAACCUCAUUAGGGAAUUCAACAAGGUUUACCACAACUUUGAAUACGACCGGGAAACUCUCAUCAAGAGAAGAAAAUUGGAACAAUCCGAUCUCCGAUUUGAAAAAAAGGAAGAAGCCAAGCCGUCUCAUCACAUGGACUUGGGGUUGGCAUCCACCUCACUACAGCAAUUACUCUCGACAAUUCAAUCAAAGCGUGACAAAGUGGCCUUGAACGAUCACGAAUUGCGGACUUUAUUUAUGGAUGUUCGGAAAAACCGAGGCAAGUGGACCAAUGAUGACCGCGUGGGCCAGGAGGAACUAUACGAAGCGUGUGAGAAAGUAGCCACCGAGUUGCGCAACUACACUGAGCAUUCAACCUUUUUUCUCAACAAGGUCUCCAAAAGAGAUGCGCCAAAUUAUGGCUUGAUCAUUAAAAAGCCCAUGGAUUUAAACACGGUGAUGAAAAAACUCAAGAAUCUUGCAUACAACUCGAAACUGGAAUUUGUCGAUGAUUUGAUGUUGAUAUGGAACAAUUGCCUCACCUACAAUGCUGACCCGAAACAUUUCAUCCGAGCUCACGCCAUUGCCAUGCAGAAAAAGACCAUGAAAUUGGCGCCAACUAUCCCCGAUAUAACCAUCAAGAACCGAGCUGAUCUAGAAAAGGAAGAUGAAGCAGAUGCGGAAAAGAAGGAGGACGAUGAAGAUGGAGGAUUACGUGCAGGAAAAAAAGCAGCAAAGCAAGGCCGCAAGCGGACGCGUCAGGAUGAAAUAAAGGAAGAAGAUGUGAAAAGAAAUGGGCUGGGACUGGGUGCGGGGUCGACAGCAGGAUCAAAGGCGGGGUCGACAGCAGGAUCGCCGCUGCACUCCGUUUUUGAAGGUGAAGGUGAAGAGCACCAAGAUGGCAUCCACGAAGAAGAAGAUGAGGAAGAGGAAGAUGAAAACAUGGCUGUACCCGCGCCUGCUGAGAGCGAAGACGAAGAAUUUGAUCCACAAUUGCAGGCAUGGCGGACUUUAACGUCAAAGUCUAGAGCUCAUUAUUGUGAACAACGAUCAAAUUUGUUUGCCGCGGAUGGCACGCUACGAAGCGAUGUCCCCGCGAUAGUGCGCAACUCCCACGAAAUGGCCCAUUUCAAUCAAUAUCUAUCCAACAAGGAAGUGAUUUCCAAGUCAGAAAGCUUGCUAGAUAACGACGAACCCUACUUGAUGGAGUAUGACGUUUCGGGGGGUAUUCCCGGGUUUUCAUACCAAGGGUUGACCAAGGAGCAAGAGGAGAUAUCAGAAAACAAGCUUGUUGAUAUAUAUUUGCAGCAAACGGGUGGCGACGCAUCUAAAAUCGAGUCCAAGUUCCUCUUGUCAAACGACUCGGGUCUCAAUCGUCUUUACCAUGCAAACAUCACUGAGAUCCAGGAGAUUCGAAAGAUUUGCUUCAAGAUCUCGCUUAUUCGGCAAAUGCAGACACAACAGUUUGUGCACCACACCCAAAUGAAGCAACCGGAGAUUGAAGCGAUCAAGGAGGUGGACACCGAUGCCGCUUCCAAACUACCGAACCAUGACCCCGACACGCACGGGAUCCAAUACACGGUGCUACGCCGAAAUAUUGCCAAGAUUGCCAUGCAGACGGGAUUUGAAACCACUGAAAUCCCAGCCAUCAACACGCUAGCGCAGAUUGCCGAGAACUACAUGGCAAACAUUGCCAAGUCGAUGAAAUUGCACAGUGAAACCAACUCGCGUAACCGACUUGAUGCGAGAGAAAUCUUGCUAUUGUCGUUGUUGGAGAAUGGUGUUGAUAAGCCUGAUGAUUUGUUUACUUUUGUGCAAGAACGGAUCAUGAAGCAGCAAGACAAAUUGAAAGAAUUGCGCGUGAAUUUGUCCAAUUUCCUCAAGGAUCUAUUGCGACCGGGAUUGGAGAAUUUCAAUGAAAAGAGCUUUGCUGAUAACAGUGAGCAAUUCAUGACUGGUGAUUUUUCAAACGACUUGGGCGACGAUUUCUUUGGAUUCAAAGAGUUGGGCUUGGACAAGGAAUACAACAUGUUGACGUCAUCUAUACCGAUCCACUUGCUCCACCUGAGGCUCCAUAACCAGUUUAGCUCUACUGGCGGAGUAAGGAAAAGGACCAAAUACGAGGACUUGCAAGAGUACGAGCCUGAAAAGUUGCACGCGAGUGACGUUGAAAAACAGAUUGGUUUGUUGAAGCCAUUUUACCUGAAACUCAAUGAUCGGUCGAAACAGCACUACAUCAAAGCUCAAAAGAAGAAAGGGGAAAGUGCAGACUUGCCCGAUGAUCACGUGUUUGUCUUGAUUGAGGAUGAAGAGUUGCCGCAAAAGCAGAGAAACGUGAGACCAAAGCUUCCACCAACUGGUAAGAUUACUGCUAUAAAGAAGAAAAUCAUUGCCAACUCUUUUUUCUUGGAAGAAGACGAGCCUGAAAAGCCUGUUGAGGAAAAGCCACAAGAAACCGGUAAAAAGAGAGCGCCAGAACAAAAACCAAAGGAGGUUGUCAAGGAAAAACCACAGAAUACAGGGAAUACGGAGGAGAAAUCAGUAAAGAAGGAGAAGGAAAAUCCAAAAGCCAGCAACGAUCAAGAAAAAGACAACAAGAACAACAAACUUGCGAAUGGGCCGCCAAGCGGAAAGAAAGACACUCAGAAAGAACCGAAUAAUGAAACGGAUGUUGCAAAGAAUGAUAACAACCCCACUUCAAACAAAGCCAAGAGUGCGGGAGAGCUCAAAGUCCCCAAUGAAGCACUUGACACUGCCGACAUCAAUGAAGCUGACCAGGCUGGUCACAAUCAAGAAUUGGAAAUUUAG